GGGUUUCCUGUGGAUCUCGGCUGGUCUUAAACGACGAGUCGCCAUAUACGAAUCAACUAGUUUCUGUUAUAUUUUCCAUCAACUAUCUCGUCAAUUUUGAGCCAUGGCAGCUCCGUUUGAAGAUAUUCCAUUACAAAAAGGAGAUGAUAAUCCACAUCCUACGACAAAAAGUGGUAAAAGUGGAGAGACUGUCCUGAGCAAGUCGAAGAAGACAGCACUAAUCGUGGUUUUUGUAGUUCUUAUUCUCGUCAUUUUGAUUCUGCUUAAAAAUCAAAAGUUGGAUCAAAAGAAGAUGAUCCAACACCAGUACCACCACAAAAUAGAACAAAAAAUAAUCGGCUUCCAGACACAGUAGUCCCUCUACACUACAAAUUAAGAAUGAAUAUUGAUCCCAACAAGGAAGAUUUCAGUGGUGAAGAAGAAAUUCAAGUGAACGUCAUAAAAUCUAUGUCUACUCUUGUGAUUCACUCCAAAAACCUGAACAUCACCAAUGUUGAAAUCGAACAAGGUUCAUUCAAAGUAAAGAGGCAUUAUGCCAGCGACUUAAAUGACUUCUACUUUAUCGAGACCGAAUCAUCAUUUGCACCCGGAAAAUACCUCCUAAAAAUGGCCUUCCAGGGUUUGUUUAGGAAAGACCUGAAUGGCUUGUACAAAGGCUACUUCCGUAAAAAGGACGGCACCAUUGCGUAUUUUGCUUCUACUUUCUUUGAACCCGUGGAGGCUCGUUCCAUGUUUCCAUGUUUCGAUGAACCUGCCCUUAAAGCAACCUUUGAUAUAACAGUUACACAUCCCAAGGAUCUCUCAGCCUUCUCUAAUAAUGGUGUUAAAGAGAAGAAAGAAGAAAGUACAAACUAUGUUAGCUCCUUCAAGACAACACCCACAAUGUCAACCUACUUGGUAUCAAUCGUUGUUGGUGACUUAACUAGUUCCAAGGAAAUGACUUCUAGUAAUGGUGUUAAGAUACGAGUAUUAGGUCAACCGGAUAGAGAAGAUCAGAUGACAUUCGCCUUAAACAUGGCCAAUGAGACGUUGGUCCAGUUGGAAGAGGCAUUUGGCAUUAAAUAUCCAUUGGAAAAACUAGAUUUGAUCGCUCUUCCUGAAUGCUUUAUUGCUAUGGAAGAUUAUGGUUUGAUACACUUCCAGGAAGAUGGCUUGCUUUACAAGCAAGGGUUUUCAUCAGAACAAGUUCAGUCGUCGUUGCUAAUGCGCUGGCUUCCUCAUGAGAUCGUGCAUCAGUGGUUCGGUAAUCUAGUCACCAUGAAUUGGUGGGACGAUAUUUGGUUGAACGAGGCAUUUGCUGAUUACUUUAACUACUUUGAAGCAUCACCAAAAUCCAUUGCAAGCUGGAAAAGGGACAAACUCUUUACUCAUACCAACGUUGGUUCUGCCCUGGAGCUUGAUGCCUUCAUAAAUACUCGUGAAGUAAUUGCGAAUCCGAAGAAACUCAUGUCAGCUUACAUAUUUGAUGAUAUUAUCUAUAAAAAGGGAUCAUCAGUGCUAAGGAUGUUAAAGAAUUCCUUCCAAGAGCCAAAAAAUUUCAACAAAGCCAUUAAA